AUGACACAGAGCAAUCGUGUCCAAAGGCAAGAAAAGGACGAAGCUGAUGGAGAUGACGACGGUGGUGGUGAGGAGAACGAAAAGGCAGACGAACCAGAGGCCUUGGAUCCUGCGCUGUUUGCCGCUGCUUUUGCACGAACGGGCGAUGCAGCUGCUCGCGACGUACUAACCAAGCACAAGGUGGGUAGGCGGCCGCGUAAAGCACGAUCAAGCGAGUCUUCCAUUCGUCUGCCUGGGGAACGCACAGUUUUGCGUACUUGGAACGAUGAACCUGAGCAUGAAGACUUGACAGAUGCUCCAUUACAACAUACACCUUUGGAUCCACAUCACUCGAUGCCAAGUGCACGAGAACGUGGAUAUAAGAAGCGCAAGUUGGGUCUACGGUCCAAAGAUGUCCGAGCAAAUCCUAUCGAAAAGCCACGGCGGCCGAGACGGACGAAGGCGAAAUCCAAGACCACCGAUCCCGACGAUCCACUAGGCUUGCAAGAUCCAGCCUUUAUGCCAGGUGGCGAAUUUUUCCAUCUGACCGGCCGACCAACGAGUAAGCGACAACGAGCGGGCCAACGCAUCGGGCACGACCUCGCUAUUCGUGAGCGCGGGGCUGGUGGCCGUGUGCAAGGUACGUAUGCAAAGUGGGAGGAUGGGCAGCUGCCGGCAGCCGGUGUACCUACGAGCGACGAUACGACCACGGCAAGUCACACGGUGUUUUACACGCUCGUUGGACUACCUGGAAGCCAGCCAGCUUUUGCUUGA